AUGUAUAAAGAUGUAGAUUCAAUAAUGUCAAGUCUUACAUUAGAAAAAUUCGAGUGCGAUGGCGAAGCAGGUUCUGUUGGAGCUAGAUGGGAACGCUGGAAGAGGAGUUUAUAUAUUUACCUGGAAGCUGCAGAUGUUACUACUAGUUCUAAAAAACGCGCAAACAAAUGUCACAAGAAGAAAACGAGAAAAUUUGAGAAGUAUUUGGUCCGUCUGAGGCAACAAGUGCUAAAAUGCCAAUUUACGGAUGUGGAUGACAAUUUAAUUGAUCAGAUAAUUGAGAAGUGUUCAUCGGAAGAACUGAGGAAGAAAGUACUUCGUGCAGGAGAAAAAAUUACUUUAACUGAAGUGAUAACCGAGGCAAAUACCUUAGAAGUAGUGGAACGACAAUUGGGUGAUUUUAGCCAGAAGGGAAAGGACACUGUAAACAAAAUUGAGAUACGAGAGAAGGACAAGCCAUUUAUGAAGAACAAUAAAAAGGAGUGUUUCCGAUGUGGUAGCUGGAAUCACCUAGCGUAUGAUGCGAAGUGUCCAGCUAAAGAUAAGGACAUAAAACCAGUCAUACAGCCUUACCGACGUAUACCAAUUCCCUUAGAAGAGAAAAUCAAUACCAAAAUAGACGAGCUACUACAAAAAUAUAUUAUAGAAAAGGUAGAAGGACCGAAAAAUAACAUAGCCGACCCCUUGUCCAGAUUGUGUACAUUUAAGCAUGACGAAACUCAGCAAAAAGAUUACGUUCAGGAUAUAAUUGACCAUGCUAGACCAAUAGCUGUAUCGAUAAAAGAUAUUGAAGAACAUUCGAGAACCGACAUUGACAUACAAAAAGUAAAACAAGGCAUAUAUAACAGGAAAUGGGAUGAUUCAGUGAAGAGCUACAAACUAUUUGAGAACGAGUAUUGUUUCUUUGGGGACAUAUUGCUAAGAGGCACUAAAAUAGUUAUACCAAAACAAUUACGACGACUUGUUUUGGACGCUGCCCACGAGGGCCAUCCUGGAAUAGUCGCAAUGAAGUUGAGACUUAGAGCGAAAGUGUGGUGGCCCAAGUAUGAUAAGGACGUGGAAAGAUUAGUACGAUCCUGUAAAGGGUGUACGCUAGUAUCGGCACCAAACCCUCCGCACCCACUCAAAAGGAGAGAAUUACCUACCCAAUCCUGGGUUGAUAUCGCUAUAGAUCUUUUAGGUCCAUUACCAAGUGGCGAUCACCUAUUGGUGGUGAUUGAUUACUACUCCAGGUACAAGGAAAUUAAAAGUUGUCGAGACAUAAGCAGCAAGGAAAUGAUCCGUUUACUAAAAGAGUUUUUUAGCCGUCUAGGACAUCCUGUUUCCAUUACUUCUGAUAACGGAAAGCAAUUCAUUAAGGCAGAGUUCAAGACUUACUGUCAUGAAAAUGAUAUAAAACUAUUCAAUUCAAUACCUUACUGGCCACAACAGAACGGGGAAGUGGAGCGACAGAACCGGGAUAUCCUCAAGCGUCUCAAAAUAUGUCAAGUGGAAAGAAAAAGCUGGAGAGAAGCACUGGUAGAGUACUUGACGAUGUACAAUUCCACCCCACAUAGUGUGACUGGAAAAUCACCGGCAGAGCUAUUUUUUCAAAGGAAGUUUAAGGACAAGAUCCCCAUGAUAGAUUAUGCUGAACAAAAUGUUGAGGAUUUUGACGUAAGGGAUAAAGACAAAGAACAAAAAGAAAAAGGGAGAGAAUAUGCUAAUAAAAAACGAAGAGCACGUGAAGUUGAAUUAGAGAUAGGAGAUAAGUACGUAGAAGUACAGAAUGAUGAAACUGGACAACAGUUGAGACGAAACAUACUGCAUCUAAAGAAAGUAGAGGGGGAAUGGAAAUCGAUGAAUAAAGAAACCGAAGGACAACAUUCAGAAAUUGCAGUAGAAGAGAGUUCUGAAGAGGAUGUGGGAGACGAUAAGACUAAUUACAUAGAAGACCAGAAUUAA